UGCAAAUUUGAGUCGAGUGUUGUGCGAAGUAUGACACGUGUGUUUACUAAGAAGAGAUUCGUGAAUACCCACUACAUGAAACCAUUGUAAUUUCUUACACAGAAACGUAAGGACUCACGUCGAAGCCAAUAUGAGAUGUUACAUAUCUUUAACUGUCCUUCUUGUUUGUGUGUAUUGCAAGCCGUUUGAUAAAUUUGAAUCCAUCUUUCCGAAAAUUAAAGGAACGCAUGAUGGGUACCUAUUCCAGGGAGAUAUGAUCAUGUCGAGAGCGGAAAUCGAGAUAGCAAUGAAAGGCGGUGAUGUAGAUUCUAUCAGUGAAAAUGCGUAUGGCUUGAUGAAUUCAAAGUAUCGAAAGUGGCCGAACGCUGUUGUGCCUUAUAACAUCACGGAGAUAAAAAAUAAAGCGCUAAAUAAACUUGGAUUAAAGGGUCCAACAGAAAAAGCUGUACUGAAAGCCAUGGCAGCAUGGGAAAGCAAAACCUGUGUCCGAUUUGUUAAACGAACCAAUGAGAAAGAUUAUCUGAAUUUCGUGGAUGAUGGAUAUGGAAAGUGUUUCUCCUACGCUGGUCGCAGUGGAGGAAAGCAAAAACUAUCCUUAGGUUUUGAAUGCUUCUACAAAGGAAUAGCUAUUCAUGAAAUUGGUCACGCGCUUGGAUUACAUCAUGAACAAUCGAGACCAGAUAGAGAUCAAUAUGUCGAAAUCUUAUGGGACAACAUAAAAACAAAAUACAAACCGCAGUUCAAAAAGUAUUCUCACAAACAGAUCGACAGUCUUGGCAGCCCAUACGAUUAUGACUCCAUAAUGCACUACCGUUCUGUUGCGUUUGGAAAGCUGCCGUUUCAGAAGACGAUCAAAGCGAAAGUGGAUGGAGCAAAGUUUGGUCAACGCGACCACAUCAGUGUACAAGAUGCGUGGCAAAUAAAUAAAUUCUAUGGGUGUAAAGUGAAAUAACUUUUUAUUUAGGAAUAAUAUCAGUAUGGUCUGAUACAA